UCCGCCAUUCCCCACCUCGAUUCGUUCUUCCGGCGCUAGGGUGUAGGGAGAUUUUGGUCGCGCGGUGCAGAUCCAUGGGAUUGGAACCCAACCUGUCUCGAUUCGCAGUGCUUCGAACUGAUUGGUGUCGGAUUUGGUUGAUUCGAUUGCAUUGCUCGGCCAUGGUUGCUGUGCCUAGAUCUAGCACGCUGUGGGUGGGGGUCCUCACUCCGUGUGUCGGAUAACUUGUUUCUCCCUUUGCAGUUGUAGAUGACCACCCCUGAGAACACCCUUCAGUACUCCGUGUGUCCGAUAACUUGUUUCUCUAAUCUAUGACACUUUUUUGUUUCCUACUCUCUUAUGGCAGAAUGGAUCGUCGAUUCAGCGCAUGUGGUGGUAAUGGCCAGGCCUUCCAAGUGGGCAUGGACAGUGAAUUUCAAUUGGACCUAGAUGUUUCUCCCAUGGUACCCUGCAGUACUUGUUUGUUCAUUCUUUGUAUGUUGAGUGUCUAAACAGGUUUUCAUUUUAUUUUGGGCAGUUUUGUGAGCAAAUUCAUGAACAGAGCUUUAGUACCCCACCACAUGUGCCUAUGAGGUCAGGUGAUCAAAUUGAACCUCCAAAUUGUGAAGAUAUUCAGGAAAUUGAUGGCGACCAGUUUGCCAACGGCACUGGCAACAAGAGAGGUGUCUCACAACGACGAAAAGCAUUCCUGCCUCUAGAGGACAGAGUUAUAGUGUCUGGCUGGCUGAACAUUUCUACGGAUGCAGCCACAGGUUCAUCUCAGACGGGCAAUGCCUUCUAUGCAAGGCUGCAUCGUUAUUUCGUUCAAAAUUGUGAGACGGGUAGCAGUAGAACCCAACUGUCUAUUCAGUACCGAUGGACAACUAUACGAAAGGAAGUCAGCAAAUUCCAAGCUAUCCACUCGGCUAUUGUUAGAAGGAAUGAAAGUGGCAAGAACGACUAUGAUAAGAUAAAAGAUGCUAUCAAAGUUUAUGAGCAGAAAAAACCUUGGCAUUUCGCGCAUUGUUGGGAGAUUUUGCGGGAUGAACCGAAAUGGAAUGAUUAUAUGUUGGAGUGUAGCAAGUCUAAGCAAACAGAGAAGGAUAACCAGGCAACUCAACCCUUGGACACUCCCCCUGCACCAAUACCUACUACUGGUGCACCUAUUGAACGACCAGAAGGGCGUGAUAGCGUGAAGAAACGUCGAACAUCAGUAGAAGAGUCCUCAUCUAGUGUUGCCGUAGAGAUGUUAGAGAAGAUACAUGUGAGAGGUCAGCAGAUGGAUGAAUUGGAAGCAAAACAGAAGGAGGAGUUGAUUGAUAUCGAACGAGCCAAGUUUGAUCUGCAGCAGAAAGCAUUGUUCGCGAAGAUUGAGCAGGGCAACAAGAAACUUGAGCUCCAGAGGGAGAUUUCUCGUGACAAGAAGGAGAUUUCUCGGGAACAGAUCAAACUUCAAAGGGACAUUAUGGAGACAACUAGGUUCCAGACAGAAGCCCAAAUCAUGUUCACUGAUCUGAAUUCAUGGCAUCCUGCUGUUCGUUUCUGGAUUACCAAGAAGCAGAGGGACAUUUUGAUCAAGGAAGGUAUAAACCCAGAUGAAGUUGAGUCCGCUUCUGGUGCUAGUACCCAACACCAAGAGCCAUCAGGGGACAACUAGCUUCUGUUAAUUCUUUGCUUCUGUUAAAACUGCUGUACUGUAUGAAAUUAUUUGUUUGAUUUGGACACCUAUUUGUUUGCUUUGAGAAAUGUUGUAAUGUAUGAACUGUUUGCUUGAUCUGGACA